AUGCCUGAGUAUGCUAAGUACUUAAGGGAUUUGGUUGCUAAUAAAGUUAAGCUGCAGGAUGUGGAGGCAGUAGCACUCACAGAGGAGUAUAGUUUUGUAGUUACUCAAAAAAUGCCGAAAAAGCUAAAGGACCCUGGGAAACCGAGCUCUGUGUUGUGGCAACUGGCAAACGGGACCAUAGCCCAUCCUGAAGAAGUGAUAGAGGAUGCCCUCAAAAAGGCAGAUGAACAGGUACCAAUCAACUUGGGAUAUCCAUUUUUAGUGACAGGAGAAGAUCUAAUUGAUGUGAGAGAGGGGGCUAAGUGUAGGGUGGUGGUGUCUAUUCCACAAAAGACCUCUUCUAAUACCCUCAUUGAGCACCCUAAGCCACAACUACCUAAACCAGAUAUGAUGCAGAUUGAAGAGCCUGAAAAGGCUAAAGUUUAG